AUGCAAGUCAAGUCAGAAAGUUUAGAAGGAUACGAAAUUGCACAACAAUACUUUCGUAACCCAAAAGUCAAACAUAUUGAACAGAUACCACGUGGCGAGGUUGAUGUUGAAGGUCUGAAGGACUUUCUAGUCGUGCAAAACAACUUCGCCGAAGAACGUGUUAACAAAAUCAUAGAACGGCUUAUCAAGGCAAAAACGAAAAAGGCACAACUGUCCCUUAACUCGUUCUUCGGGUCUCCUGUAGCACCAAAACCUCAGACGACUGAACCCCGCCGCACCGAAGAUAAACAAGAUACACCUGCUAAGAGAGACCUAAAGGCGAUUAGUGCUGAUGAAAAUAGCUGUACAAAAGAUGUUAUACAGGCCGUUGAAACGAAACGUGUCGACAGACCCGUUAUUGGGAUUGCCGCCGUUUGCCCGUCUAACGUACGCUUGGUUAAAAAACGACAUAAGCGGUGGUUUGGUACAUCAAAGUGCGAGAGGCGUGUUGAAAAACCCGUACCCAUCGAAGUUGACGAGACAGCGGUACCUCCGCACCUGCAGCGCUUUAUUUGCGUUCGUCAUUUCGAACCCAGAGUUACCAUCAAGCGCACCAACCCCAGGGAGGUAGACUCCGCGUCUGUUGAUAAUUUGGUAACACACUUGUGUAAAAGGUAUGGCAUAAACACGGACACCGUUGCUAAUGCGGAGAAAGAGGUCUCCGCAGGGGGUGAAGGACCCUUGUGGCCCAAUCCACUCUUAAAACGCUUCCGAGCUUCCACCAGCGGUUACUGCAAACCACGGCUGCAGGAACUGUGGCGGUCAAGUUCGAGUCAUGGCAUAUCAUGGGAUGCCUUUGACAAACUGUACAUUACCUUCCGCGAGGCCCGAGACGCAAACGCUGCUGAGUGGGAUAAACACGCGCCGGAUAUCGCCGAUUUCGCGAGCAAAGUAGCACGCGAAAAGAUUAUAAAGUGGUGCAAUAGUACUGAAUCGUGUCCACCUAGGCUUCUGCGCAAAUGGACGCACCUUUUAUACACGCGUUGGCGAGAGCGAUAUAUGCACGUGUAUGGACCGCGUAUGCUUUCCAGGUAUCUGAAGGGCGAGGUGACCGACCGGGUGCUCAUGCGUGAGAUUAACGAAUGCACAGCACCGGGUGUCAUCUGUUCUCAGUCUCCAUUCUCAACCGAGGCCUCGGGGCACAACCCGCACUUUGUUCACCGUGUCGUCAGGGACGAACCGGCGAACGAGUAG